AACAAACACUGAAGUGGCCGGAUUUCAAGUGACAAACAGCACUACACCCAGAAUCCACCCCCACCCACCACCGGCUGCUCCCUCCUCCACAGCGAGAAGAGAAGCUAUUGUGUCAGGCGGGAGUUGAGUGGAAGGGCCUGGGGCUCUGUGCUCCACUGCUCUGAGCUACUUACUUCCCCAUUGGCUCCGAGCAGCCUGUGCUCAGCGAGGGCUGAGCGACAGGGGGAGGCUCUAGCCAUAAAAGGGGGGACGAAGCUCCAGAACUGCUAUUCUAAGGGGCUUUGGUAGCGCUCACAGCUGCCUCUCUGGCCCCUCCCUGAGCUGGAGUCGGGGCUGACUCUUGGACCAGCCACCUGCCACCACGCUACAACCUGUUCUGCCGGAAGCCGUCCACGGACAAAGCAGUGUGCGGGUCAUUUAUCUCCAGGUUUUGAGAUCUGCGUGGGGGGAGCUCUUAAGCAGCCCCAGCCGGAAAAACCAAGAGGAAUGGCGUGGAAGAGGCUGGUGCUGGCCGCCUGCCUCCUGGCGCUGCCCCCUGCCGCAGCGGAAUGCCUGUCUCAGUGCUCCUUGUGCGCCGUGAAGACCCAGGAUGGACCCAAACCCGUCAAUCCCCUGAUUUGCACCCUGGAAUGCCAGGAAACCGUGCUGCCCACUGAGGAGUGGGAGCGAUGCCAGGGCAUUCUGUCCUUCACCCCCUCUGCCCUGAAGCUCAGGGGCCAGAGUGACCUGGACAGCAGGGCAGCUUUGGAAGAGGCCUACAGGGAGCUGGCCAAGCGUGCCAGGCCCUUCCUGCAGGAGCUGGAGAAAAGUGGACUCCUCCCCAGCACCCUAGCAAAGGACAAGCUCAGUGGCCUCUCUGGUGGGCUCAGGGAGGGCGUGGAGUCUGAGUCAAUAGGGGCUCCCCAGCUGAACAGUGGUGCUGUAGAGGCUGGUGCACUUGAUUUUGAUGAAGACCCCAAGGAGCAGGUCAAACGCUAUGGGGGUUUCCUGCGCAAAUAUCCCAAGAGGAGCUCAGAGGUGGCAGGGGAGGGGGAAGGGGAUGGGGACGGGGACAGUGUGGGCCACGAGGACCUGUACAAACGCUACGGGGGCUUCUUGCGGCGCAUCCGUCCCAAGCUGAAGUGGGACAACCAGAAGCGCUAUGGUGGUUUCCUCCGGCGCCAGUUCAAGGUGGUGACGCGGUCACAGGAAGACCCCAAUGCCUACUCCGAAGAGUUUUUUGAUGUAUAAACAAACACGCCUCCAUCCUGCAGCUGAGUGAGGAGCUUUCCCUGACACCUUCCCAUAUGGGAGCACAUUUACUCCCCUCUUGUGUGUACCCUGUCCCCACACCCAGCUCAUUACCAUCUACAAAAUAUCCAGUCCGGGCUCACUUCUCUCCUGCCCUGGGUAUGCUAUUUGCCCCAGGGUCAGUGGCAGGGAGAUCUGGAGGUCCCCCUCUACUGAGAUCAGCGCUGGGCUCACACCCCUGCACUUCUAAGCUACCACCAGUAGCAGAAAGUGACUCUCCAGUUACAGAAGUCCAGAGUGAAUUGUUCUUUUUACCUGUAGAUCUAUGACGGUCAAGUUUUGCAGAUGCGUCCCUCUCAGAAGAAAAACGAGCACUUCACACACAGGUAGUAUGCAUAUGCACCAUAAACCCUGCACAGAGUAGAAACUUAAAAUAAGAGAGAUAAACGUAAAUGGAAAUCUCACUAUUGUAUUCUCAAACCCCAGAGAUCCCUUUAUGCACCCUACUUUGGAGACCACACAUUCAGCAUAAAGGCUGAACACUGCCUUUUUUUGGAGCAGGAAUCCUGACACUGGAGAGUCCAGUCUUCUGGUAGGUUAAAUGUUCAGUCUGGGCACUCUGAGUUCUCAUCAUUGAGAAAUGCACCUCUUGAAGGACUGAGCUACUGAAUGUAUGUUCAUGUUGGUACCCUUGACCAUGCCCACCUCACAGAAGAGGAAGGGAGUGGAAACUCUUCCUUGGUGGCAGAGAGCGCUUUUGAAUGCUCAGAUGAUCACAGAAUAGCAAAGCAAACCAUUUGUUCUGUGCAACAAGCUCAGAAUGUGGACCAGUUCCCCCGGCCCUCGUUAAGCUAAUUAAACCGAUUGGUAUCACACUUCUACCCCACGAUGAACUGGAGCAGCUGAGUUGAUGAGGUUAAACACAGCCAUGUUCUUGAGCAGCUGAACUGGCUGCCAGGAGCCCAGCCAUCUGGCCCAGCAUAUGCACUGGGCAUUGGAUCAGGGAGUCCAGAGGCAGCAGGAAAGGAAGAGUGCUGCUCCUCAGCCCCCAUGACAAUUCUUCUCUCUUAAUGCCUCCAAAUAAAACCAGAAAGGAGAAUGAAAUGAUUGAGUGUUUGAGGGCAAGUGAGUUUCCUUGAUUCAGAUAACCCAGAAUCAGAGGCAAAGACCUGAUGCCUCGGUUUCCAAGCUCCUUCUCUCGCUCUCUUUCAUCCCCAGGGCCUGUUUGGGUUGUGGGACCAGGAGACGGGCUGGAUAGGAGAGGAAACAGACUUGAGUUUGGAUAAUUUGUGUAAGAUGCUCUGAGCAUACCUCUUCCAGCCGGGCCCCCAGGUCUCUCAUUCUGAAAUGUAUAGAUUGUUCUAGGGUUGCUUUGUGUGCUUUUUAAAAAUUCCAUUUAUGCAAUUUAUUUGGAAUUUGCUUAGUCUAUAAUAGGCCUGUGUAAUUUCCUGCUCUUCCAGUAUAAUAAAUAAAAGACACUAAUGACA